CCUUGUACCACCAAAAUCCAAAUAAAGUUGAUUUGUUGACUUUAGCUUCACAACAAAACUCACCUUCACACAUUCUUUGUACCAUUGACCUCUCCAAGCACGUGUGAUACAAUGGCGGACGCAAAGCCUACAGAGGUUGUUCCUCUCACAUCCCCAGACGCUACGAACAAGCCCGACGAAGCUCCCCAGAAGACCGAGCCCUCUGGAGGUGCCGUUCUCCCACUCACGCAAGAGCCGGAAGAAGCCCCGGUCGAGCAGAAGACCGAAGGUGCCGUGAACGCCCUUCCUCUAACCUCAUCUGAGGCAACGAAAGAGCCAGAGGGUGAACCUACCAAAGUGGAGCCUGGUGCUGCACUGCCGUUGACUUCUGGUGCUGCAGACUCCCACGACGGCUGGCCAACCCUCACCGCCGAACACCCGCUCUCAAAAUUCGUCGUUGAACUGCCCACUCUCGUCAAAGAGGCCGACUACAAUGAAGUCUGGGGCGUCCACCUCGCGUCUGACAACAGCUUCCAAACGAAGCUCAUCCUCCAGAAGUUCCUUCGUGCAAACCAGAAUGAUCUCUCCAAGGCGAAGGAUCAGCUUCUCAAGACCCUAAAGUGGCGCAAAGAGUUUCAACCUCUCAAGACAAUUGAAGAGGUUUUCGACAAGAGCAAGUUCGGCGGCUUGGGCUAUAUUCUCGACCUGAGUGAUGUUCCCGAAGAUGGCAAGGCAGUCGUGACCUUCAACCUCUACGGCGCGGUCAAGGACAACAAAAAGACCUUCGGCGUACUUGACGAAUUCAUUCGCUGGCGCGUUAGCCUCAUGGAGCUCUCUCUCCAGAAACUCUCUCUAUCAACCGCCACCACUCCGAUACCCGACUGGAAUACCGGCCGCGACCCAUACCAAGCAUACCAGGUGCACGACUACAUGUCCGUGUCUUUCCUGCGCCAAGACCCUCUUGUCAAAGCCGCCGUCAAGGCCACCGUUGACACCUUCUCCGCAUACUACCCGGAGACACUAUCACGCAAGUUCUUCAUCAACGUGCCUGCAGUCAUGGGCUGGAUGUUCACGGCCGCCAAGAUGCUUCUGAGCAAGGAGACCGUGCGCAAAUUCACCGUUCUGAGCUCCGGUAGCACGCUAGUGUCGGAAUUAGGUCCAGAUGUACCGGAGCAGUACGGCGGUAAGGGCAAGAGCCUCGAGGAAGCUGGCACAGGUCCAAAGAUGGAUGACAAGACAGAGGUUGCGGUUACGACCGAGUGAAGUGAAAAAGUCAUGUAUGGGGCACGAGACAUACAGUUAUUGUAUUCCAACCCCUUUUCUUUCUGAACAGCGUAUUACUCGAUGCUCCCUGAGAUGUAUCCUUGUAUAGCUCCGGCGCGCAUCUAUCUACAUAUUGUCAGGCAAAUAGUUGCUUCUUUUGUUCUCUUUCUGCGGGACUUCCGAUGUCUAGUCAAUACUACCACAAAAUGUUUCGGCGGCAUGCAUUCUCGUAUAGCUACUUCGUAUUAGCCUCUUGUCAGACUUUGACAGUAUUGAGAUGAUGUUUUUUGCAACCGGUCGGUUAGACCUAUUUGUCACUAUCGUUGCCAUUCAUGUUUGGCUGGGGGAUAUAUCUCCACAUUCUCGCUUGUCGGUCACAUCGGUG